GCCAGUCCAGUUUAUAUGGUUUCAGAGAGAUAAUGGGGAGACAUGUGCUGGUCCUGUAUUUUAGUAGCCUAAUUGUUAACUUCAAGAGCAAUAAAUAAGCCAUUUUUGGCACAGUAACCAUUCCUGUUUAUCACUGUUCAUUCAUUAAGCUUGCAUGUAGCAAACCAUAAAUUUUCACAGAAGAUGAUGGGGAAUCAUCUCAGGAAGUAUCCAUUUGAAAAACAGAUUUCUCAGAUUAAACUGGGUCCUCUAAAAAUAGGUUAUGAGUGUGUGAACUGGAUUAAAUUGGCCCAGGAUGCUAUCAAGUGUUGGCUUUUUGUUAGUGUCAUUGAGUCUUUAAAUUUCUUACUUAAAUGCUAGUUUGCCCAUGUGUCCCAUGGUCUGAUGUAAAUAAGUGGAAACUCUGGCCUUUGUAGUAUGUGUAGGGCUGCAGAAAUCAGAGACCCAGAACAAGGGGUGGCUCCCACAGCAGGCCCUGCUCAACCAGCAAAACAGAGUGGGAUGGGAGAUAGAGACUGGCAGCCCUUUGUGUAUGGAGGACUGGCUUCAGUUACUGCUGAAUUUGGAACUUUUCCAAUCGAUACAACGAAAACUCGACUUCAAAUCCAGGGACAGAAGAUCGACAGUAAGCAUGCACAGUUGAAGUACCGAGGAAUGACUGAUGCAUUGCUACAGAUCUCCAGACAAGAAGGUGUUAGAGCAUUGUAUUCAGGAAUUGGUCCAGCUGUUUUGAGACAAGCAACAUACGGGACCAUCAAAUUCGGCACAUACUACUCAUUGAAGCGUUUAGUGUCGCAUGGCAGCGGGGAAGAGGACGUCCGAGUGAAUGUAUGUUGUGCCGUGGUGGCAGGAAUUGUCUCAAGUGCCAUAGCCAACCCAACAGAUGUACUCAAAGUGCGCAUGCAGGUUCUGGGAAACCAAGGCCAGAGAGGCAUUUUGGGCUGUUUUCAAGAUGUGUACCACCAGGAGGGUGUUGCUGGUCUGUGGAGGGGUGUGGGUCCAACAGCUCAGAGGGCUGCUGUUAUUGCAGCUGUGGAACUUCCUGUUUAUGACUUCUGUAAACAUCACUUGAUGAGCUCACUUGGUAAUCACAUCUCCAACCAUUUUGUUUCAAGUUUCAUUGCAAGUCUGGGAAGUGCAGUUGCAUCUACUCCACUCGAUGUAAUUAGGACUAGAUUGAUGAAUCAGAAGAAACUGAAAAAAGAAGUAGGCGGUACAAGCUGUCGGAUUUAUACAGGAAGUAUUGAUUGCCUUGUUCAGACAGUGAAGAAUGAAGGUCUGUUGGCACUCUACAAGGGCUUCAUCCCAACAUGGGUGAGAAUGGGACCUUGGAAUAUUAUUUUCUUUGUUACAUAUGAACAGCUGAAACAAUUGUACUGAGAACUUCUGCCCUGUUAUGGAGCAUAUUGUUGCAGUGUUAUGGGCUAUCAAAGAACAUCUUGUGAAUAUGGUUUUGCAAUUUGUAAAUAUGUAUUCAACUUAAAGCAUUUAUAUUUUUUAAUGCUUUGUCACAGAGGGUAUGUGCAAUUCUUGAAUCUAAGUAAAAUAUUCCCCCCUCCUGUACUUUAUUUAUAAUAGGUUACUUCAUAACUAAUAUAAUAUAUCGUAAUAAGAUAAUUAGACAAGGAACAGUUUAUUAUGAUAGUUAUACAUCUUCUACAGAUUUAAGGAACACAUCUCGUUUUGCAGUUUAAGUAAUGAAAAUUGGAGAGAAGUUUGUGUGAUGUUAAGUAUCUUUUUUAUAUGCUAAUAUUACUAUUAAUACUAUUAAUAUUGUUUGCUGCAGAAGACUUCACAAGAGUUUCAUUAUGCAUUGAAGUUACUAAAUGUGAGAUAAUAUAUGUAUUUUGUUAUCCUGAAGCAUUAUAAUUCACUGUAGAUUUAUGUUUAAGAGAGGCUCAGUUUUAAUCUCAGCUGGGACACCAGUUAUUCUGAUAAGUUUUUCACAGCUUUUCUGUGUUCUUCCAAGUAAAUGCCAGGAUAGACUAGACAAUGGCUUUAUAUUCAUCUUUGUGAUUAUAGAAUGCAGUUCAAGAGGAGUAUAAAAUGUUAAUAAAACCACUAAGGCUUAAAGAUGCUUCAAUAAUUAUAGCUUUGAAAGUUACUGGUUUAUUUAACUUAUAGUUUUUGCUUCCUUACAAAUCUCUCCAGUUCGUUAUUCAUCAGUCAUCUUACCAUUUGACACUGUAUAGUGUAGAUACUGAAACCAUGGUAAAAUAACCCACACAUAAUUUGGCAUUAUAAGGAUAGACAGGAAUACUUCAUUGGCAGGAUUUCUUUACGCAUUUAGAGUUUCUGAAGUUUCUGGGUAACUUUCCUGCAUAUUGUAGAAAAUAUAUUACAGCUUUCAAGUAUUGUGAACUAUUGUGGUGUAUUGUACACAUCCAAAAAUUCCAUCUGAAACCAUAUUGUCUUCUUUUGUGGUAUAUGACACAAAGUUUUACUCUGGUAGGUGAGUGCUAAGUUUUGUUUCCAUUUUCAUCAGUCCAGAAGCUGGAAGUGUAUGUUCCUUCAGAACAUUUGCUCCCACCUACCAGACUGCAAUAUCGUGUCAUAACCAGGAAGGCCACAAAACCAGUUAUCACCGCUGUGAAAAUGUUACGUCAUUCUUCAGUCAGAAAUGUUUAAAUAUGAAAAUUUAUAGUGGGUAACUACUAUAUCAUUUUGACUGGAAGAUGCACUUUAUCUUUACUUAGGAAAAGUUGUGCCUGAUUGUAUAUAAAAAUUGACAGAAGUUUAUGAUUUGGUAAAUGUUACCUUCUGAAUAUAUAAGAAUAAUCUUCAUGAGAUUUGACAUUCCAAACAUUCUUGAUGUCUCAUUUUGUCUGAUCAAAACUAGUUCUUCAGCACUUUCACUGUAAUGUGUCUCAGUCAUGAACUUGCUUUAUUGAACAUUUGGUACUGUAUCAGCAUGUAGACAGAUGAACAUCAUCAUUUUUGGCAAAACAGCCCUUUUAUGGCCAUAGUCUUCCUAAAGAAAAUGUUAUCAGACUUGUCUGUCAUGAGUUAGACCAUACAGUUUUCACUUCUUUGGAUUUCGCAGCAAUAAUUAUGGUUGUCAGCUUUGCUUCUAACCCACAACCUGGAGGACCAGGUCUCCCAUUGACAGGGUGGCCAAGUUGUAUUCCCAGGGACCAGGUUCCCAUUUCAUCACCUUCUACUACUUGCAGAGCUAUGGUGGAGGUAUUCUAACCUGCCUGCACACGAGACAGAUGAACACUCAGACAUAAGAUUGGCUUAGUUAGUUAGUUAGUUAUUGGAGAGGGUGGGUUUCCCCAUGCACUUAGACCUGUAUUGGUC